AUGGAGCCCAACGGUGUCAUCACCCUCGACAACCUCGCCGAUAGCCUGCGUCCGUGGACCCCGGAUGAUGAGAGUCACGUCUAUGCCGUAGUAGAUAUGGGAAGUAAUGGAAUACGCUUCUCCAUCACGUCUCUAGCCCCGCCACGGACACGUCUACUCACGCCCAUCUACUCGACUCGGGCGGCCAUCUCACUCUUCGAUGCUCUGACACCCUCCUCCUCAUCAGGAUCAGGGUCAGGCGAUGGCAGCAGCACCGGCACCACCACCCUCGUAUUCCCUCCCGAGAUUGUGGAAUCCGUUUCAACCACCUUGGCGCAUUACGCCCGCAUCGCGCAGCUGCACAAUGUUCCCGCGUCCAACACGCUCAUCUUCGCCACCGAGGCCAUGCGACGCGCCUCCAACGCGGCCGACAUGCUCGAUGCCAUCGCCAGGGUCACAGGCGGCCUGCGCGUCCACGUACUCGCGCCACCUGUCGAGACGCUAUUCGGCGCCGUCAUGGGCUCACGGAGCGGGCUGGCCGACGUCCGCGGAGGAGCACUCUUCCUCGACCUCGGCGGCGGCAGCGUGCAGAUGACGUGGGUCGACACCUCUCUCGACCAGUACGAGACCGUGGCCGCCAGGGCCGGCGUCAGCAUGCCCUACGGAGCUGCCAGGCUCACUCGCAUAUUAGAGCAGCACACCACCUCCAAGCCCAACAAGGGCUCUUCCGCCCUUUCGUCUUCUUCUUCUCCCUCCGCCCCCGACCUUGUCGCUGCCGAAAUCUCCAAUCUACACGACCUUAUCCGGUCGGCCUACGACGAGCUCUGUCGGACCUUCCCCCGGCUCAAGAGCAUCCGGGAUGCUCACGAGUCCGGCCAGACGGGAGACGAGGAUGCAUCUCUCGUAGACGUCUACAUGUGCGGCGGGGGGUUUCGCGGCUACGGCAGCAUGCUCAUGCACACCGACGUCGCCCAGCCCUACCCCAUGUCGUCGGUGGGCACGUAUACCGUGUCUGGCGCCUCGUUCAAGCGUGCCGACCACCUCCGACGCCUCAACGCUGAGUACCGGGGCAAGAUCCACGGCAUGUCGCGCCGGCGCCGCUCGCAGUUCGACGCCAUCGCCACCGUCGUCUCGGCCUUCGCUUCUGCCGUCCCCAACAUACGCCGCGUCACCUUCUGCAAGGGGUCCAAUCGCGACGGCGCCCUCAUGAUGAUGCUCCCGCGCCACAUCCGCGAGUCCGACCCCCUGGAGGUCCUGGCCUCCAUCCCCGCCACCCACAGGCCCCUCGUAGACGUCGUCAUCUCCAAGCUAUCCGCCGCACUCCCACCGUCCGGAAAGUCCGUAUCCAGCCUCGCAAGCGGCGGCGGCCUGGCCUCCCUCUUCGCCCGCGACCUGUGGGGUCCCCUCUCAGGCUCGGGCUACGAGUCGGCCGUCAACAUCUCCCACGCCCUGCACUUCUCCGUCGCCCGCGACCCAGACACCCCGGGGCUGACGCACCUCGCCCGCGCCACCCUGGCCAUCUCCUCGGCAGCGCGGUGGGGCUCCGCAAUCGCCCCGGCAGACCAGUCCCUCGCUCAGGGUAUGGAAGACGUCCUUGCCCGUCACCACCCCCACGCCGUCUUCUGGGCAAAGUAUACCGGUGCCGUGGCCGGUAUACUCACCCAGCUCGUACCUGUUCUUCAACCCGCUGACGCUGACAAGUUUGACAAAUCUAUUCAUCUUGAGGCGACAACUUCCCCUAAGGAGGGCAAAAAGGACCGUCUUCACCUAUCCAUUCAUGCAUCCCCCGACAUCCUAUCAUUGCAUGAUGGACCUGCCCUCGACGAGAUUGCCGACUUCCUCAAGUCGACGGUAAAGACGGGCAAGGAGAAGCCCCCAUUCAAAGUGUCGGUCCAGAUCGGCCGGCUCGAAGAAUACUGA